UCACCCAAUGAGAGGGCGGGUUGUUGCGCUGCAGUUGGCAGGCUGCUGCGGGAGGCGGUGGCGGUAAGAAGCCGGAGGCAGCGGGGUGACAGGAAGUGGAGACGCUGAAAAAUCUAUAGCAGAAGAGUUGGAAAAUAUUUAAGUCUCAACAAAUGAAUUCCACACUUGAACUCUGCUGCAUUCCUGUGCCACCUCCUCCAUUAGAACACUGAUCUUACAACAGAGAAAAGAGGAAUAGAAGGUAGAAGAGAUGCUGGGAACUGAACGUGGUGUUGUGGAAGAAUGGUUAUCAGAAUUCAAGGCAUUACCUGACACCCAGAUCACCAAUUAUGCAGCAACUUUACACCGGAAAAAAACACUGGUACCAGCCCUCUAUAAAGUUAUUCAAGACUCAAAUAAUGAGCUCCUGGAGCCUGUCUGCCACCAGCUGUUUGAGCUCUAUCGUAGCUCUGAAGUUCGACUUAAGAGGUUCACACUGCAGUUCUUGCCAGAAUUGAUGUGGGUUUAUUUACGGCUUACAGUUAGCCGAGACAGACAGAGUAAUGGUUGCAUUGAAGCGCUUCUGUUAGGAAUUUACAAUUUGGAAAUUGCUGAUAAAGAUGGAAACAAUAAAGUUCUGUCUUUUACCAUCCCUUCCUUAUCCAAACCAUCAAUAUACCAUGAGCCCUCCACAAUUGGAUCCAUGGCCUUGACAGAAGGGGCAUUGUGUCAGCAUGAUCUCAUCAGGGUUGUUUACAGUGAUCUUCAUCCUCAGAGGGAAACAUUCACUGCACAAAACCGGUUUGAAGUCCUGAGUUUUCUCAUGUUAUGUUAUAAUUCUGCUAUUGUGUAUAUGCCUGCUUCAUCUUACCAGUCUCUUUGCCGAAUGGGCUCCAGGGUUUGUGUGAGUGGGUUUCCACGGCAACACGAAAAACAGUGGAAAGAACUCUGUGGUCGAAUAGUGUUGGAUCCCGAAUUUAUGGUGCAGCUUCUCACAGGAGUUUAUUAUGCCAUGUAUAAUGGACAGUGGGACCUUGGCCAGGAAGUCCUUGAUGACAUCAUCUAUAGAGCUCAACUAGAACUCUUUUCUCAACCACUAUUGGUUGCCAAUGCCAUGAAAAACUCAUUACCAUUUGAUGCUCCUGAUUCUUCACAAGAAGGCCAGAAAGUACUUAAAGUCGAAGUCACUCCAACAGUGCCGAGGAUUUCUCGGACUGCAAUUACAACAGCUUCAAUCCGUCGCCAUAGAUGGAGGAGAGAAGAUGGCUUUGACUUCUCAAACGAGGCUGACCCGAGUAUUCCUGGCUCCCCGAUCCAACACGGCUCCACUGACCUAGGGAUCAAACGUGUGCAAGAGGGGGAGGUGCUGGUGCACAGGACUCCUGAGCACGGCUCGCCGGAGCCCAACUCAGCAGCAGCCACAACAGAGGGUGCUGAGGGUAUAAAUGGAGGAGAGGAGUCGGUAAACCUGAAUGAUGCAGAUGAAGGAUUUUCAUCAGGGGCUUCCCUCAGCAGCCAGCCAAUUGGGACCAAACCAUCCUCCUCUUCUCAGAGGGGAAGCUUAAGGAAAGUAGCAACUGGGCGUUCAGCCAAGGAUAAAGAAACAACUUCUGCCAUCAAAUCCAAUGAGAGCCCUCGAGAUUCAGUAGUUCGCAGGCAGUAUGUACAGCAACCAACUGAUCUUAGUGUAGAUUCAAUUGAGCUGACACCGAUGAAGAAACACCUGAGCCUGCCUGCUGGCCAGGUGGUGCCAAAAACUAAUAGCAUUAAUCUAAUCCGGACAGCCAGUGCUUCCUCAAGUAAAUCAUUUGACUAUGUAAAUGGCAGUCAAGCAAGUACCAGCAUUGGGGUUGGCACUGAGGGUGUUACUAAUUUAGCAGCUAACAAUGCUAAUCGCUACUCAACUAUCAGUCUACAGGAAGACCGGCUAGGUCAAGCUGGAGAAGGGAAAGAGCUGCUCAGCCCGGGAGCUCCCUUAUCCAAGCAGUCUCGAUCCCCAAGCUUCAAUAUGCAGCUGAUAUCCCAGGUGUAGUCUUGAUAUCCUCUCUCAUCUUUCUGCUUAUCUUCUAGACCGAACAUUUCAUUGUGCUUCAAGGAGACACUUCAUCCCACAUUGUGAAAACAUUGGUCAUCAUAAACAGAUCUGAUUUAGUUUAGGUAUCUUCAUACUGUAUUUUGUAUGGAAACAGCAAUAAGGUUUUCUUUUCUCUCUUUCCUAUAUCUUCUCUUCACCUGUUCCUUGUAAACGUGUUUGUGAAGCAGUAGAAAAUGUUUGCGUUUUCCACACCUUCCUUUCUCCUUGGGUGAUGUGCAAUCAACACUGUGAGACUGAGGUUAUGUUAGAGGAAAUGGUGUAUAUGAUCCCUAUGAAUGAUACUUUGGCUUUUGUUUAAAAAAAAAAAAAACGGGUUUGUUCUCAUUAUCUGUAGAACUAUGAAGAUAACUGGAUCAUAUUUUUUCUCUCUUAACCAGGAGUGCCUCAGAGAUUCUGCUAUGACUUUGGACUUCUCUGAGUCUGUGCAAUCAUUUUCUUGAGAAGCAUGGGGAAAGGUGGUAGACUGCUGCACCUUUUCAUUAAAAUGAGGGUGGCUCUUUUUUUCCCCCAUCUCCUUUAUCUCGAGGAUACAAUGUUCAAUUACUGAGGCAUUUGAAUCAAGUUGUGGCCACCUCUGUUGGAGGACAGGGCUCUAAGUUGAUUGUGUAAUAGAUAAUGCACUUUCUCAAUGACUCUAUAGUCAUUAUUAACAUGUCUUCCCUCCUCCCCACAGGACAUAAGGUCAUUUCUGUCCUUUGAGUUUGAACAGCUAAUAAAUCAGAGAAUCCAAGGGGCUUGUUCUAUUUCCCAGGAAUGAUUGCCACUUCGGUGCUGGGGUUUUAUGGGGGGAGGGGGCAGUUUCUGUUUAGCUUGUGUGGGAUUGUUUGUGUGAGGGGAAGUUUUGAUUGUUUUUUUUUUUCUUUUCCUUUGUGAGCUGAUGAUGACUGAAGUAGAACAAGUACGUCUUCAGGUAAAGAGAGGGAUUUCUCAACCCACUUUCUAUGAUGUCAGACUAUUGGAGAAACCCUUUCAGCUGCUUUCUAGAUGUACCUAAAUUCAGUCAGAUAUUUUGGAUUAAGAAACCUGAAGUCCUGAUAGGUCAUAUACUCCAAGGAAAUACAUCAGGGACAGAUAAUUGGCUGAAAACACUGAUGCUUCAAUGUGACACAUUUUUAUAGAACAUUUCUACCAGGGGGUACUGACUUGAUUUCUCCUAUAAGGACCACACUGCCUUUGUGUUUAAUGUAAUGCAAUUUGUGUACCUUCUAAUCAUCUAUCUGCAAAAGUUCUCAUUUUUAUAAAUCUCUGAAAUCAUGCCAGUAAGCUAGAUGUUGAAUGUAUUAAGUAGCAUUUGGUAAUUGCUAAGAGGCUACGAAAAUGCAUUAUUGGUUUUUUAGAAAUUUUUUUUUUUUUUAGUUAUGAUUUGGUUGGAUAAGAUUUCAUUAUGACCUCAUCUGGGUCCCAGGCUCUAAUGCUUGACUGAAAUAGAAGAAAAUAUAUUGGUUUUUGAAAAUCAGUGUAUUAUGACUUGAACUGCUAUACAUUCUUCCACAUGAUAUUCAGAGCGAUGAAUGCUUUGUACAUUUAGACAUUUUAUUAUUGUAAAAGAAAAACAUACUGAAUUUACAGAAAGCAAGUAUUCUCCUAAUUAACAAAGUUUGAAAUAUUACCUCUACUGAUUAAAAUUCCAAUAGAUUUUGAUAAAUAAAAUAACCAGAAAAAUG